GGAAUUCACACCUCGACACUGAAAGUCAUAUCUCCUGAGUUCAAGAAUCAGAAUAGUUGUCCCCGUAAAGGCAGCUUUCCAAGUAUUCAUAUCUGAAACACUUCUUCUUGACACUGUCCUUCAACAGUAACGCAUCAGACAACUGUCGACAGACCCCGGAAUGCGAAUCGUAUCGCUCCUGGUGGCAGUCUUGGAAAUUUGGACAUAAAUUCCACUCCAUUAAAGGGGACAUGGAGACUCUAAACAGAUCAAUUGCCAUUGAUCCUGGUCCAAACAAGGAAUUCCCACGCAAUAUGGUGAGAAAAGGGUCACGAUUUCAUCGACAGAGCUUAGGAAAUACUCAACCUGCGAAGACAAGCACACCAAUUCUACAAUCGAAAACAGAAAUAGCGGAACCGAUGAAGAAAGGCAGCGAAGCAUCCGCGAGAAGGCACAAUCAUGUCCAGAAGAGCUCCCCUGUUCAUCACAGCCUCUCAAAUAGAUUCAUGAAGCACGUGAAAUCACCGGAAAGCCUUCUUCCGAAGUUUCAGUCGUUGAGACUUCGUUCACGUACGACCGAUGGGCGCUUCGAAGUUCUCGGCCAGACUACCCGUACAACAGCCCCAAAUAUAGUUGGAGAAGUGCCAUACUCAAGGGUUCCUAACCGCCAAAGGUUUACUUUCCCCUUUACUAACAGGGCUGUGUCUGAAGGCGGCAACACACGUCAGCAACAAUUUCCAGGAUCAUGUCAAAGGCCUUCUAAUACAGUCAUCGUACGUCUUCCUUCUGGGGACCUCGUCCCAGAAUGUCUCAGACGAUAUUAUCAACAGGGCUCAUUGAAGUCUGAUGCUACAGAUGACAUACGACCAUUAGGCUUCACUCAAUCAGCAUCAUGGAGGGUUCCUGGAUCCCGUAAGCUGAUCUUGGAGACGAGGAAGACCGAAGCCGAGGGGCAAGGUGAUCUGUCACACAGAGGGAUACCCUCGAACCCAGGAGAUGAAAAUACGUCGGGCAUACCUCUAAAUGCCACAGGGGGACAAUUACUUGCGGAAAUGGCCCGCAAAAGGUUGGAAAGGGGGAAGAAGGUCACAAAGGACAAAAUGUCAAUAAAGAGGCGCAGCUUCGGGGGAAAGACAAAGCAUGGUGAGUUCCUACAAUGAGAAUACUAUCACGUAUUAUCUGACCGGCCAAGGCCAACUUCUCUUAGGGGAGGGUGACGACACUUUGCAGGGCUGCGCACUCCAAGGAAAAGUAAGUCUUGCAUCUACUU